CAUAUAAUAUGACUAUUAGCUCGCAUUGAAUAUAAUUUCACACCUCUUUAACAGCUCUUGAAGAUGAAUUAACUUCAAAGUGCCCAUUAGCAAUGAAAGAACUCCGCGUUAAAAGYACUAUUCUUUGAUCUUAAGCUUUGGAUUCAGGGUUGUUGCAAUUUGAAUUCAUUGUGUUGUCAAUACAAUUGAAUAUGAAGUUUUUUUGUGGCGUAUCAGACGAAGUGUUUGUUUGUGAAUGCAGCUGUCAUUAAAAUUCUAUUGAACUCCAUAACAAUGCAGUAAGCCUGUGAAUUACUUUAUGAAAAGCUGAUGUUUGUCGUCUAAACAUUGAGCUAUUUACCUCAGCCAUCGCCGUGUCAGAGAGGAAUCUAAAASCAGAAAGACAUUGCAGUGAAUUUCUCAUGAAAACUAAGAAGACAAUGAAUUGAGUUGCCCAAGCGGUGCAUUCAACACGGCAAAUAGUGUUGUUUGUUGACCAMAAUCACCUUGGGCGCUCGACAAACCAACAAACGUCUUUAGCUCCACACGAGAUAUAUUUUGAUGUGAGUGGCAGAUGGCAACUGAGGAACUACUUGAUGUAAAUUCACACAAUUCUGGUUCAAUAUUCAGACGACAUGAAAGGAAGCARCAAAGCAGGUCAUUUAGCAAGGAAAGCUAAAAUCAAGAAAGAAGACUUCARUGGAUGGAGCCACGAAGAUGACACUCUGGGAGACAUAGGAAUUGAUACUUGGUUUGAGGAUCGUAAACGAUCGGGACGAGAGAGAGGUUAUGUGUGUGCACUGGUUGAGUCAUUUGAACGUCAAGAACAAGCACGACGUUUCAAAAUACGAAACUCUUCUUCUUCAAGAAAAUCACAACGACAGAGCGCUAAAGCGACUAGAAAUAGUUCAGCCAAUCGGAMSACAAAGGUUGAUGAUGAUCACAUUCAGGAAUCGUUGCCUGGAAACGUUGAUACUUCUAUGAAUGAUGCAGCUUCUUCAAGGGAUCACGUGCUUCAGRGAUCCACUGAUCCUAUUGGAUCAGUAAAUGAACACGUGACUKUAAACCAAUCAGAUGACAAGGAAGAGGAAGUGGAUUGGGAAACGCACUUUGUUGUCCAUUCAAGUCAAGAUAUUUCUGAAACUAAGCAUGAAAUAGAAACACCAUCACAGAACUUAGUUGAAGUAAACCUCGCUCGAUACGAGAAGAGACUGCGCAAACAGCGAGAAAAUCGACUUCGAAAGAGCAUGGAUAUAAUCAAGAACACUGCUGACCAGGCGGUUACUGUAUCGUCGUCCAAAAAAGCUGCCAACAUUACUAGCGUGACGUUUGCCCAGGGAAUGAUUCAGCCAAUCAAUGACAUUGAAAAUACCGCGAAAAAAUCGRCGGUUAAAAAURCUUCAACAUCAAAGCUGCCUUCAAUUUCCAACGAGCAUGCUCAAAGUAUYGAAGAUAAAACACAGACUACACGCAAUGGUCUUGAUACCAACCCUAACAAAACCACUAAGAACAACAAUCACUUGGCKAAGAAAUUCAACUUUGAUAUUUUAGAAAAAUAUGCUUUGAUUCGUAACUCUAAGCACACAAAAARCAGUGCAACKUUCAUGGAUUAUGUUGAGAAGAUGCGAACUCUCCGUCAUAGCGGUUCGAAGGRCKCAAAUCAUAAUCAAUCUGUCGAUGUUGAUGGAGAUUUUGCGCAAAACCCAAACGUAAAAAAGGUUGACGCAGGUGCUAGUCUAACAUUUGAUCARGUUCGAGAGCUGUGGUACGAGUCACGUAGGGAYAGGAUCGUCGGUAAGGUGACUAGACGUACACGAAGUUUGCCGCCGUCUAACAGRAAAGGAAAUAUGAUGGUGAUUAACGCAAAGAGAGGAAGAUGUAUGUCUGAACCAAUUAACAACGAAAAYAAUGUAGCUGCCUUUGAGGGAAAAGUCAACUCGAGGCAGAUAAAGUGCCCUCUACAGCGCAUGCGCUCAGCAACGAAUCGAAGAAUUGAAGCAAACAAAAUAGAAAGAUCGAAAAAAGGAAAACAUGAUGRAAAAAGCGUUGGAAAUGAAAGUGUUGACRUAAAAAGGUAA